GCUAAACUGCCAGUUGAAGCAGACUGGUUUAACAGUAAUUCCUGUGAGGGCUGAAGGCUUAGAUUGUGGUUUGGCUAUAGACUUGAUUCCGCCAUACCUGACACUAUACUUCUUUGACUGGUUUUUCAGGGUGGUAACUGUAUUUCAGUAUAUUCCUGAGCUUCUGCUGAAUCACUGCUUUAUUUGCAAUGAAUGGGGCCUUUCCUAACGCCCCGUGGCAAUAUAUCAGCAUGGAGCUCGGCAGUAAAGGAUAUACAAUAGCAUGCACAGUUGCACUUAGUGUUAGAGUCCACUAUUUAUAUACUUCCUUUUUUUACUAAAUAGAAACUUUGUUGGUCAUAAACCCAUAGGCACUUGAUAUCAUGCAAUAUCAUUCAUCAAAUCGUCAUGUUAGAGGUUCAUUCUUCUUGCUUUGAGAGUACAUUGAGAUGAAGGUCAGGAUAAUAUUUACCUAUCCUUGAUGAGAGGAUACUUUGAGAAACAACACUCAAUCAUGUGGAUUGGAGCAGGGUUGGAGGAGGAAUAUAAUAAAAGGGGGAGAGUAAACGAAAAGCUUUCAGAAAGUGUUUAGACUCAAUAAAGAAUCAACAGCAUGUGUAUCUCAGCAGUGAGUGUGGUUCUGUUACUAUUCAUUUUGUGGAUGCUUGUGGUCCAACUCUGUAGACAGACUGACAGGCAAAGUGACAGAGGUGCCAAAGCAAGCAACAAACCAGAAGCUGCUGCACCCAAACACCUACAUUCCCUCUCUAAGCCCUUCCUUCCUCUUUCUACCACUCUUCCUGGUCCAUUCUCUCUCCCUCUACUGGGCAAUAUGCUGGAUCUCGCUCAAGAUCAUCUGCCCAUCCACUUGACUGCACUGGCACAUCGCUAUGGAAAUAUCUAUCGGCUCAACUGUGGCAGCACAACCAUGGUGAUAUUAAACAGUAGUGAGAUCAUCCGCGAGGCUCUGAUUAAAAAAUGGUCUGACUUUGCUGGGAGGCCUCAUUCAUACACAGCUGAUAUAGUGUCAGGUGGAGGACGAACCAUUUCUUUGGGUGAUUUCAGUGAGGAAUGGAAGGCGCAUAGACGUGUGAUACAUAGUGCUCUGCAGCGCUGCACGACUGAUUCCCUGCACUCUGUCAUAGAAAAUCAAGCACGCCAUCUCUGUCAGGUGUUGCGGGACUACAAAGGAAAAGCAGUGGAUUUAUCUGAAGAUUUUACAGUGGCCGCGAGUAAUGUCAUCACAACACUAACCUUUGGCAAAACUUAUGAUAAGAGUUCAGAAGAGUUGCAGAAGCUGCAGGACUGUCUGAAUAAGAUUGUGUCUCUUUGGGGUUCACCCUGGAUCUCAGCACUGGACUCCUUCCCUCUGCUCAGGAAAUUACCCAACCCCCCAUUCUCUCGUCUCAUGAAGGAGGUAGCCAGACGUGAUGAACUGAUAAGGAAACACAUAGAGGAGUUUAAGAGAAGUGACCAUAAAGAAGGCGACACACUGACUUCUUCACUUCUGCAGUGCCUCGAACCACCACAAGGAGCAGCAAAUCAAAUGACUCUGACAAACACCCAUGUACACAUGACUAUAGUGGAUCUGCUAAUUGGAGGGACAGAAACUACUGCUGCCUUGCUCAACUGGACUGUGGCCUUUCUUUUACAUAGGCCUGAGGUUCAGAAUAAAGUGUACGAGGAGCUGUGUGGUGUGCUGGAUGUGCGGUACCCCCAAUACAGCGACCGUCACAGACUGCCGUAUCUGUGUGCUCUGAUCAAUGAGAUGUUGAGACUACGACCUGUAGCUCCCCUAGCCGUGCCUCACAGAGCCAUACGAAACAGCAGUAUUGCAGGCCAUUUCAUCCCCAAGAAUACAAUAAUCAUCCCUAAUCUGUAUGGUGCCCACCAUGAUCCAGACGUUUGGAAUGAUCCAUACAGUUUCAAACCAGAACGCUUUUUGGAAGGUGGUGGCGGGUCUCUUCGUGCCCUGAUUCCUUUUGGAGGAGGAGCUCGACUGUGCCUGGGAGAGGCGGUAGCCAAAAUGGAGAUGUUUCUCUUCACGGCUUAUCUGCUGCGAGACUUUCAGUUCCUGCCUGCCAGUAAAGAAGAGCCUCUGCCUGACCUGCGAGGCGUCGCCAGUGUGGUGCUUAAAGUCAAACCAUACACAAUUAUAGCACACCCAAGAGAACAGUAACUGAUUAUGAAUAGUGUCGCGGGAAUGAGUUCUAAAACCCACAAGCAUUUUUGAUCAAUUUAUAUUUUGUUUUUUAAUCAACCCGAUGUCAAGGGUUUUUUUAAUGGGUUAGCACAAGCUCGAUAUACUUUCCUGUUUUAUUAUUAUUUUUAAGAUUUUACGUGACUUGUAAAACAAGUGCAAAUGGGACUACAGAGGUUGUCAGAGAUAUUAAACGCCAAACAGAAAUAAUUGUCUAUUAGCUUUUUCUACAGCCUUCUGUUUGUACAGUAGCCUACUUGUGAUCUUUAUUAAACUUUUCUAACUUAAAAGUCUGUAGAUUUUAAACAAAGAGUUGUUGGAAGCUUAGUGAUGGUGACAUUGAAGUCUUGUGACCAUGGUGAUUUGUUUAUAUUCUAAAACUUCUGGCAAAUACAUUUUCAAAAUUCAUAAAAGAUGUGUUCAUUGUGGUGAAAAAUAUGUGUAAGUAUCAUAAACUUUUGUUGGUCACAGAGCAUAUUAUCCAAAAGUCAUUGAAUGUCAAGGGUGAUACUAACUUCAGGGAUGGCCUGCAAAAACGCAUCUAUUACUGUAUAUAUUUUUCCAAGUCAUAAAAAUAGAGUAAUGUGUAGGGCUUAUUUCGGAUGCAUUUGAGCUACAACUUGCUGGGUAACUAGAAACUUAUGUGUCAGAAUAAAUCAAAUUCUGGUUACUAUGAAUUUAACUAAUUCUAAUAAAGCUGAAGUUAAGCAUUUAAA